CUUCUUAGAGCCUCUGAGGCAAAGAAAAGGCCUGCAGUUGAUUUCAUGGAGACGGUCCAGACCGAAGGCACUACUGCGGGUAUGCGUGCAAUCCUAGUAGACUGGCUGGUUGAAGUUGCUGUAGAGUAUAAGCUGGGACCCGAAACAUUGCAUCUGACUAUCAACUACAUAGAUCGAUACCUUUCAGGUAAUCCCAUUCACCCUCUAACGUUUCAGUUGCUUGGUAUUACUUGUAUGAUGAUUGCUUCCAAGUAUGAGGACACACGUUUCGAGGUCCCCCACGUGGAAGAUUACUGCUACAUAACCGAUCACACCUUCACCAAAGAUAUGGUGUUGCAAAUGGAAUCCAUUGUUCUGAAUUUCUUCAGGUUCGAGAUGAAUGCUCCUACUGUAACAUGUUUCUUAAGCCUAUUUUUGGCUCAAGUGGAUAUGACGAUGGGCAUUGAUCAUCCGAUGAGGUUAUAUUAUUUGGCAAGCUACAUAUCCGAGCUGUCUCUUCUCGAGUAUAAUAUGCUAUGUUAUGCUCCUUCCCUCGUUGCUGCAUCCGCUAUUUUCUUAGCCAGAUUUAUACUACUUGAUAAUGAUGCAUCACAGAAACCAUGGAGUUCGUAUUUGACGCAUAUUACCUGGUACCAGCCAUCAGAUUUACAAGAAUGUGUGAUGGCCCUGCACACUGCUCUUGUUUUUGAAUCCCCAAGUUCUGAGUUGCCAGCAAUCAGAAAUAAGUACAGUGAACAUAGGUACAAAUGUGUAGCGAAGAUCACCUGUCCUGCAUCGAUACCAUUGGAGAACUUCGACAACAUUAAUUAGCAGCUCUGUCACUUGAUGGACAGAUAGAAGAACCUGCAAGUAGCUAGAUUUGUCAACUUUCUGUUGUAUAGAUUUAUUUCUUUAUUUCAUUCUAAUUACAAUGCUUUCCUGAAUUAUUUGGUAUUCUUUACUGUCUCUGCAUAUAAUGUGCUUUGUAAUUAAUGUAUAACAAGAAGAUUUUACUUUGUUAAUAAUCCAGAACAUAAAUUUGAUAA